GGGAAAUGCCAGCACUGGGAAACAGCGUAGACCAAGUCCCACUGCCAAUAAGAGACACUACAUGAACUGUGCAUUAUGGGUGGCAAUGAUGCACCCGUCGAAUUGCAAGAACGUGUAGAGAAAGAAGAAGAUCUGUUUGUGUCCAACUCGUUACUAGAGUUCUUAACCAAAUCCGCUGUGCACUGUCCAGUUGUCCAGUGUCCACCCCAACUCACCCCAUAAUGGCCACCAAGUUACCUGGGUACACGUGGGAGAACGGCUUCCGCCAACCGAGCUCGGAUGCCACGCCUUGGGUGUGGCCACAGGGGCAGGAGAUGACUGACGCCGAUGAUUACGUUACGCCGCCCGAUGUUGAGUUGGUCUCAUCCCCGAGCCAUAAUUCGCUCGGCAUCAACGUCGUCCGCAACUGGCCUACCUUGUAUGACGGGACGAACAGUCCCCACGGCGUCCCCUCUUGGUGGGCUCCCGAGAAGGCCGUCGACGUGCUCAUCUGUGGAGCCGGCCCAAGUGGCCUUGAAGUCGCCGUCAGUCUCGCGAGACAGGGCGUGUCGUUUCGAAUCAUUGACAAGGCCGACGGGCCACUCACGGCGGGACGCGCAGAUGGAGUCCAACCCAGAUUCCUGGAAACCGUCGCCCUAUGGGGACUAGCCAGCGAAAUCCAUGAGGAAGGGCCCUUGAUUGAGAGAACGGCCCUUUAUAAGGAUGGGAAAAAACUUCUUUUCAAUCGUUCUCAUCAGUCUGACUCGCGGUACCGCGGCUUGCACAUCAUCACCCAGGGCCAGAUUGAGCGCAUCUAUAUUCGGGACUUGGCUCGCCAGAAGGUCUUGGUCGAACGGAGCAGCAUCGUUAGCGAUUUCAAAGUCGACGAGACGAGCGGAGACGCGACGCAUCCCGUGUGCGCUACGGUUCGGAACAAUCGUACGGGCGAAGAAGAGGUCAUCAGAGCCAAGUUCCUCGUUGGCAGCGAUGGAGCGGCCAGCAGCAUUCGAAAAUCGCUCAAAGUCCCCUUUGAUGGAGUCAGCACCGAUAUUUACUGGGGUAUUAUGGACUGCAUCUUCGAGACCGACUACCCCCAUGCCUGGGUCUUUGGAUCGGUUAUCAGCUCGAAGCACGGCGGUUGCGUUAUUAUUCCCCGUGAAGACGGAUACAUUCGCCUGUACACUCAGCUGGACGUUUCCCAGACCGGUCACAUUGCUACUUCGAGGCAGGCGAGUGACCCGACUUUUGCAGAAUCUGGAGGCAAUGUGGACGUCCACUCCAUCACACCAGAGGAGGUCCUCGAGCAGGCCAAUCGCAUCUUUGCUCCCUACAAGCUCAAGUUCGGGGCACCCCUGAGCUGGUUUGCCAUCUGGAAGAUUUCGGAGAGAGUGGCCCGGUCGUACUCUUCUCCCGAUAUGCGAGUUCACCUUGUGGGAGAUGCUGCACACGUCCAUAGCGUCAUGGGAGCUUUCGGGCUAAACGCUUCUAUUCUGGAUGCUGCAAAUCUCGCAUGGAAGAUAGGCCUUGCCGCCAAAGAUCGUGCUGACAUUGCUGCCCUCUUGCCCACCUAUGAGACCGAACGGCGCAAGCAUGCUGUGCGGAUUAUCGAGGUUUCUGGGACCUAUUUGCGCUUCAUUUGCGGAUCUACUCUGCCCCUUCCCGACUUCAGAAACAUUUCAUCUCUCGAAGCGGACGACAGAAAGAGAGCUGCCGCUGUUGCCGCUUCCAAUGGUGCGAAUGAACAUACUGACACGGUCUCCCUGAAGAGGGAGUACGACCAGCCUAACCCCAACGGAGCGCACGGUGUCAACGGAGAUGAUGAGACCGCUCCUAAGAAGGAUCUUGAGUUCCUCGCCAGCUUCUUCAAGGCCCACGGCCAGUUUCUCCUAGGAGUCGACUGCCGAUAUGAUGAAUCUGUCAUCGCCCCUCCGGUGGAAGCCGCAAGCGGGAAGCCCCCGGCCAUUGCAGUGAAGAACGGAGUUCGAGCCCCUAACCCUCGGGUCUGUUUCUCUGACAAGGAAACGGGUUACCUCUAUGACAAGUUUGCGGGCGCUCCGCGCUUCCAGCUCGUGUUAUUCGCCUCCACGUUAGCCGGCACCGAGGUACGCCGGCAGGUAAAUGCUUUCUUGGCCAACCUGGCGGAGCCGAAGGGCUUCUAUAUGAGGCUGGGUGGGGAAGAGCGGUUCAAUGUCGUGCUUGUCGUUAAGAGGCUCCCCUUCGAGUGGGAGAGCAGCUCUGAUUGGGGCCAGUCGGCCAUCAAAGCGGCUCUGCCGAAGGGGGCCACGGUCGUGUACGAUGACAGGGCGCCUGAUGAGGAUGCCCACACUACGUGGGGGGUUAAUCAUUCUACCGGUGGGCUUGCCGUCGUCAGGCCUGACUUGUGGGUCUCUAUCACAGCAUUCCCGGCUGAUACGGAUCGAGUCGCGCAAUACUUUGACGCCUUCCUGAAGUAGAUAGAUGCCAUCUAGUAGCCACUGAGUGCUUGAAAUACAACGGCAGAACAAGAUGUAC